AACUGAUAAUGUACAGUGCGAGUUUUAGUUUAGUGGGGACUGGUGAAGGAACAUAUAAACGUUACGUUAUUGGCGGUGGCGCCUAAAUAGUUCAAACUUGAUACAAUAACAAUAUGAUACCAGCACUAUUUUUGCUGGCUUUAUUUGCCAGCACCUUUGCCGAAUACACUCCGGUAAAGAUAAUUAGACAAGAGGGCAGUAUUGACGAGAAAACGGCACAACACAGUUACCUAUUCGAAACGGAGAACGGAAUUUACGAGGACCAACAGGGAUUCCCCAAGGAUCCACACAAUUUGGCUGUUCAGGGACAGAGUCAGUUCACUGCUCCAAACGGUCAAGUUAUCAGCUUGACCUAUACAGCAGACGAAAACGGUUACCAACCCCAAGGCGCCCAUUUGCCAACGCCGCCUCCAAUCCCCCCGGCGAUCCUGAAGGCGCUCAAGUACCUGGACACUUUGCCACCCGAGAAGAAAAAGGACAUUAGACCUGAGGGGGACGAACAGGACGACGAUCCGAACUCAUUCCUUUUGCCACCUAUAUAAUAAAGUAUUUUUAAGGAA